AUGGCCUUGGUGGGAUAUGAGAGCAGCGAUGAGGAAGAUAUUCAGGCGCCGCCUAGCACCGAGCCAUCAAAAGCAGUCCAAGUCGCAGAUGCAACCAUAAAUGGUACACAAGAAACAAGGCCGCAGCCUGAGCCUGUACCUGCCCUCUCUGCACCGGUACCUGCAGCGUCAGAGGGACCGAGUAUGAUAGGACCAAUGCGGCCAUCUGAGGACUCAUCAAACCUUAGUUUUCCACCUUUGGAAGAAGCGCCAAUGGACCCAGAGCCGCCUACACUAUCACUACCGCCAGGAUCGCCAUACUCAGCAAACCGGGCGCUUCUGCGAGAUCUUACUCUUCCUGCUGUGCCAAACAUGGAUAUUCCUCCCUCCCCUCCUGGCUCACCGCAGCCAGGAGCGAACAAGAAGUUCGAGCAGUUUCUUGAGCUCAAGAAGAAAGGCCUACAUUUCAAUUCCAGGAUCGCCCAGUCCACGGCGCUUAAGAACCCGAGCUUGAUGGACAAGCUCAUGGAUUUUGCUGAGAUAAACCAGAAGCAUCAGUACAGAACAACAUUGGAGCCGGAUAUAUGGGAUCCCAGUAUUUUCCCCAAACCCGCAUACAAGGAGCAUCUUAGGCAGAGCCAAGUAGAAAUAGGCCAGGCAAAAGCCAGACCAAGAGGUGCACCAGUCGACUUUGUGACGGGUAGUGGGGCGAAUAGUCGAAAUUCUACUCCUAGUGGUGCACAAAUUCCAGCCGCAAGCACAGGGAAGCGCAAGACGCGGUUUGACACCUAA